UGGCAUUUGAGAGAAUCACGAUCAUACAGAGCAUUGACAGAGUACUGCAUUUAUGAGCUCAUUUUUUUUAAAUAUAAGCCAAAACAGUGUCAGAAGUUACUACAUUGGAAAAAAGGUGCAAAUACUGCAUUUGGUUUCUGUGUGUGUCACGUCAAACCAAGUCAGGCAGGAGUCCUGUGUACACUAAAGAACAAUGAAAUUAAGAAAUUAAACCAUUAAACAUUUUCCAAAAUAAUCAAUUAGCUUUCAUAAGGCGUGCUAUCAGAGCAUGUAUCCAAUUUGAAAUGAACUUCAAAGGCUUUCCACUUUUAAUAACAAAACUGAUUUCAGAUUACUGUAAGGUGUGUUUGAAAUCUCAGAGCAGCUUUGCUUUGCAAAAUAGAGAGAAUGGAAUAUUAGUCCCUGUUUCCUAAUUAACUUUAUUGAACUGAACAGACAAUAAACUGCAUGCAUACAAACAACAAAAUGGACGGUACUUGGCAAUUACACAGAGACAACUGUGGCUCAAUGGGAAAAGUGGUUGUUUUGCAAUCUAAAAUUGUGGAUUUGAUUCUAACUUCCCCUUGCCACAUGUUGAUGUGUCCCCCAAGGCAAGGCACUAGAAAAUCACUAUGCACAUUAAAUCAUUAUACAAAGAAACAACGAGGAAGGCAAAGGUGUAGAGAUGAAAAUACUUACAAAAAAUGAUGUUAUUAAACCUAUAGGUGUCUACUGUUCCCAUAACCUGGUAAAAAACAGCCACUUGUACUACACUUUGCUUUGUACAGAGGGGUCGGGGCUCCCUGCUGCUGAGAAAAAAUGCUUCCUGGCGGCUGUUGAGGUUGCAAAUGUUACCCAGUUGCUAACGUUUGCCUUUGACUUAUGUAAUGCUCCAGUUCGACGCCAAGAAGCUUACCAGAAACUGCGUGCGCUGUAAACCGUCUUGCACUGCAAAGUGCUGAUCCAAACAAGACGGUUGUUAAUGUAUAAUCAGUAUCUGAAAGCCUGACCAACACGUACUAAACUUCCUCCAUUGCUCCAUUGCUACAUCGCAAUGCAGGAUGGACACAGGCCAAAAAACUCAAUAGACCACAGACCAGUGGGAACUGAUUCUUGGCCAGCCAGUAAACUGCCACAUCCAUUCGCCAACUGUGGAGUUAUGAAAAAAGACAGUUCAGGUGCAAAUGUUGGCCGACAGAAGCCCAAAAGCUCCCCACAUGCCUCCUCACAACACCAGACAAUCCCCUUCCUGGGAUUUCAUCCUUCCCUUUUACUGUCAUAUCAUUUGUGCAUCACAAACCACAUCUUUUCACAUCAGUAGAAUAAAUGUUAGGCAGCUUAAUUUAAAAUCAACAUUACGUAACAAAAAUUGCAUGUUGUUAAAGUUAAUGAACUCAAAUAGCCUAGACAGUUCUUGGUAAAACUGCAAUUCAUCAGCCAGCUGUCAAAGCAGUGUAUUUAAAAAGCCACUCUUUAGCUUAAUCAUUGCAGUCUUAAAUAUUUGUUCUGUUUUUUAUAAUCACUUUUUGUGCAAGCUUGCCUCUCAAUUACAGACUCAUUGAGCUUGCUCCCCUCUUUUGCAGACACGUUCUUGUUGUAAUAAGUAAGGAGCACAGCCUAUGACAAUGUCAAACACGACCUGUAUGGGCUCUCCUGAAGCUACGGACAAUGGGCAAUACCACACCUGCGUUUUCACUGUUUGCACAGUCUUACUGAAUAACACGAAAGAGAUUAGCUGACAAUGAUUUAAUGAAAGGCUUUUGUGGGCCAGUUAUAUCGUCUGCACCAGUAGUGUUCUGCCCACUGUUUAAGAGAUCUACUUAAAGAGUCACAUCAAGCUGAAAAUUGAAAGGAUGAAAGGUGCAGUCAUUAAUUUAUAUCUAAUCUAACUAUUCAGAUAAAAAAUAAUAAUAAUAAUUUAGACUAAAAACUAAAAGAAUGGAGAGUGCAAUCGUUCUGCUGAGUUUGCUGAUUUUUGGAUGUUCCCAAGCUGAAACCGAGUGCACGACUCGCAGAUGUCUGGCCCAAAUGUUAAUUAGUAAAGAAUAUUUAUCUUCACCUCAGUCUGAGAACUGCACCUUACUUGUUGACGUUCCAUUAAUUGAGUACGAAACGCUAUCAGUCGACAUGAAGGAACUGCAUCUAAUGAGUCGUCUGCAGGUUACAAUUGCAUGGGUGGAUCCAGAGCUGGCAUGGAAUACAUCAGUACAUCAAUUUGAAAAACUCAUUUUGCCAGUAGAUAAAGUGUGGACCCCAUAUAUCUCUAUAGAAAAUGGAAAAAGCUCCAUGGAGCAUGAUUCGCCUGAUCUCGUGGUGUACAGUAAUGGAACAGUGGGGCACAAGGUGAUCAUAAUUGCAGAAGUGAAUUGUGGAAUCAAUCUGUUCAACUAUCCUUUUGCUUUUGAUGUGUGCCCCGUUGGACUUAAAUCCACCCCACCAAAUGAAUGUGGCAUAAGCAUAAAAGUUGAUCAAGUGAGGUUGGCAGACAGAUCGCAUGGAGACUGGGAAACGGAAGAAGUGAAGCUGGGGAAAAAGCGAGAGGAUCGCAAUUUUAUUGACGUGUCUCUAAGGAUCAGAUAUACCAACCCAUUCAUCACAUUACUCUUGCCCACUAUCUUGAUCAUGGUGGCCGAUAUAGUCAGCGGUGCUCUGCCACUGCAAGGUGGUGAGCGCAACUCUUUCAAGGUUACCUUGGUGCUCAGCUUCACCAUGUUCCUGAACAUUCUCACCAACGUGCUUCCUGGAGACAGCAAGUGCAGCCCAGUCAUCCGAAUCCAUUUCUGUGUUUGCCAAGUCCUGAUGGUGAUAAGCAUGUUGGUAUCCAUGUUGUUGACAAGAGUGUCUCAAGAUGGGCUGGAUUUUUUCACCUCUUUCUUUAAAAGGUCUGUCCCUCAAAAUGCAGAAGACAACAAAGAAAACGAGGAUGCAGAGACCAAAGGCGUCAUCAGUGUCGUUCAGCAAGGUCUUUCUGAGGACUCUAAAAUGCUCCAGAAGAUGGUCAGAUUCAUAGAGGCUGUUGACACCAAACAGGCAGAAAGGGAACGUCAUCAGAAACUUGCAGAUAAACUGGACAAAAUCUUUUUCUGGUUGUAUCUUAUUUUUAGCUCUGGAUAUGUUGUUGCCAUGACUUAUGUUAUGGUACAGUACACAUGCGACAUUGAUCAUUUUGACUUUUGGAACUAAUGCAACAUAGAAGACAAUGACUAAUUAACCCAUGUGAUCCUACUAGAAUAUGUGUGUAUAGACAAUAGAUAGACAAUAAUGAUUGUGAAGCCACAGAGACCAGAGAUGCAACUAUACAUUUCUUGUGUUAUUCUUUAUUUUCUCUGUUAAAUAAAACAAAUAUGUUCCCUACAUUUUGAUCUAUGAGAUUUGUUCACAUAUUGUGAAAAUUCACUUACUGCACAUUUUAUCAUUCGCAGCAGAUUAAUGUGGCAUUCAACAAAUGUCUUAAACAAACAUAAAUUGGACUUUUUGCAUAAACAUUAAAAGUUGUAUUCAGAAAUAUUCAGACUAAAGUACCGGCAAGAAAACAAUAAUGUUUGUUGCCACCUUGUGGCCAAACAUUCACCUGGAGACGAAGUAGUGUUCUCGUCACUCUUGUCCUAAAUUAUUUUUUUUCCAAUUACAUUAACAGUACUUAGUUGAAAUAUUCUACAUCACAAGGAUAUCAAUACAUAUUUGGACAAUAUUUUGGACCAGAGGAAACAAUAGAAUUUUCACGAUUUAUUUUUAAUGCACACAACACCUUCUCAGAAAUGCUAGUAAAUGGCCAUUUCAUUUUACACAUAAACAAACCAUAGUGUAAUUUAUAACAAACAACAACAAACCUUCGGACACAAAAAUGCAGCUUAGUCAAAGUAACGAAAGUACCAGAGGUUGGUUAUAUGUGUGAACUUUCUCCAACAUUUUAUACGUCCACAAGCUUACAAAAGUUGUGU